AUGUAUGAUUAUCAAGUAAAACGAGAUAAACAUAUUGAUGGGAUUCGUAAACAUAAGAGUUAUGGGAAUUUGUCUCAUAAAAUGGUUAUAAAUAAUUGUGGAGAAGGACGUGAAGGAGUAUAUUGUGAAGACGAAAUGUUUUGUAAAAGUAAAACCUUGAAUGAUGAGACGUAUAGUAUGAGAUAUGGAAAGACUCAAAAAGAUUAUGCAAAUUAUGUCCAAGUGGUGUCUGUGCCGAAUAAUGAUAGAUAUUUUGGAGAAACACAAUUAUAUUACAAUAAUUAUCAAAUCAAAGUUCCGGAAUUUGUAGAAAAAAAUGGUCAUCCUGUAAAGAAAUUACAUAGAAAUAAUACGAUUAAUGAUUCUUUGCAAUGGGAUGGAAGAUAUCCAAAUUCUGUUAAUUUUCAGGAUGUAUAUAAUAAAAGGUCAUAUAGUGAAAACAAUAAACGAUUGUGGGGGCUUUCAGAUGCACAUUUACCAUAUUAUCAUAUUAAUCCAAGACAUUUUGGUUCAGCAGAAUAUUUGAAUAGAAGGCCUUCAUAUACAGAACAAAUUACUCUAUGUGGUAGAGAUGUAUCACAUCACCGAUAUCCUUUGGCUGAGCCUAAUGAUAUGCCAUGGGGAAUCCCUAUGAGAAGCCGCAAUGCAAGCAUGCCAAAUAUAGGUUCUCAAUUUAAAUGGCAAAAUAAUUUAUCCUAUAAGUAUGGUCCUCGGAACUCAAUAAAGCCUUUUCAUUAUAAGGAAAAUUCUACAAAUUUUUCUAUUCCCAUGGGCUUUAUGAAAGGAUCUAUACAUGGUAUUAAAUUAUUGAGUCAAGAAACAAAUAAUGAUUCUAUUUCUCUAUUUUGUGAUGAUUCGUUUUCAUCUGAAUAUGAAGAUAAAGGUAUUGAAAGUCCAAGAGUAAUAUUAUCUAGAAGCAUUAAUAAUAUAAAUAAAUUGGCACCUCAUUCUGUUACAGAUAAUUUAUAUAUAUCGAAUGAUAUUGACCUUAUCGAUAUGGAUAAUGAUAAACUUCAAUAUAGGACUGAUAAAAAGUCUGAUGAAAUGUAUAAAAAUUCUAAAAAAGGUGACUUGAUAACUGAUAAUUUGGCAACUGAUUAUCAAAAAAAACAAAAAAAACGUAAAAAUAGUUUUGACGGUUUACAAAAUAAUUGCAACCAUGGAUCUGAUAAGGAAAAUGCUCAAAAACAUAAAGAAAAAUCUAAAAAAUCAUUCUUACGUUCUAAGAGUUUUUUGUCUAAAAAAAAAUCAGGGAAUGAUAAAAGUGCUUUUUCAGAUACUGUAAAUACAAAAAAUUCUAUGUUAUAUGAAGAAAAUAAUGAUAUGAAUUGGCCAUUAGAUACUAUUAAUAAAAAAUCAUUUAAAAAUUUUGAUACUGAAUUAGAGACUUUUCAUACGAAUGAUAUGGAAGUUUCAUCUAAUGCGAAUUGCAAUGAAUUUAAAUUAUUUUUACCUCAAGAAAAGUUAGAAAUUAAUGAUUUAAGCAAUGAUAAAAGUUAUAUGACAUAUGGAAACAAUAAUUCAGAUAAAAGAAAGCCUUUUGAUUUUAUAGAUGAUACUAAAGAAUUAAAACAAGGAACAUUGCCUAUUUUUUCAGAGUAUUCAUUAUCUAGUGAUGCUAAUAUGUUUCAAAGAACUAGGGAAAAAUCUUUAGAUACUUUUCAGGACUCAAGUUAUGAAUCUAAGAUUUCCAGCCAAAUGUUGAAUAAAGAGACUGAUAAAAAAAUGUCGUCUUCUCAUUUAAAACAUUUAAAAAAUAAUGUAUAUUCUGCUGAUGAUCCCCAGACUCGAUUGAAAUAUGCCAAAAAAUUGAUUCAGGUUGCUUCUGAACUUUCUAAUGAUACUUUGAAAGAUAAAAAAUUUAUCAAAAAGAAUAGGGAAAAGUAUCUAUCAGAUGCAUAUUCUAUUGUAAGGGAAUUAGUGAAUUCUGAUCCUCCUUAUCCUGAGGCUAUGUUUUUUCUUGCUAGUUGUUAUGGAGAUGGUACCUUGGGAUUAUCUGUUGAUCAUAAGCAAGCAUAUAUGUUAUACUACUCUGCAUCUAAAUAUAAACAUCCUCAGAGUAUUUAUAGAACUGCUGUAUGUUUAGAAAUUGGGAUGGGGGUUAAGAAGAAUCAAGAAAGGGCAGUACAAUAUUAUCAAAGGGCUGCUUCCCUUGGAAAUGUUACAGCAAUGUACAAAAUUGGUAUAAUAUUGUUAAAUGGGUUACUUAAACAAGUUAAAAAUCCAAGGAAAGCAAUUUUUUGGCUAAAAAAGGCUUCUGAAUUAGCUGAUGAGGAAAAUCCUCAUGCUCUUCAUGAAUUGGCAAUUUUAUAUGAAAAAGAGGAUAAUGGAGGUGUUGUUAUGCGGAAUGAAGAAUAUUCCUUCGAAUUAUAUAUGAGAGCUGCACAAUUGAUGUACCCUCCAUCUCAAGUUCGAUUGGGAUAUGCUUACGAGCAUGGUAUUUUGGGUUGUGAAAUUGAUCCAAAAAAAAGCAUUACAUAUUAUUUAUCUGCUGCAGAAAAAGGAAAUCCAGAUGCUGAAUUAGGUUUAAGUGGAUGGUAUUUGACUGGAGCACCUGGAAUUUUGGAGCAAUCUGACAAAGAAGCGUAUCUUUGGGCUAGAAAGGCGGCGGAAAAAGGUUUAACCAAGGCUGAGUAUGUUAUUGGUUAUUAUCUUGAAAUUGGAAUUGGUGUAAAAAGUAAUCGUGCAGAAGCAAAAAUAUGGUAUAAACGAGCUUCCAGAAAAGGAUUUAUAAGAGCAAUAGACCGACUUUAUGAAUUAAAAAAGUUUGGCUGCAAUUUAAAAAUGCCUGACAAAAUUUAUAAUCAUUGGCAAUUAGCUGAAAUGCUUGAUUGCACUAUACCAUAA